AUGUCUGCAAACGCCCUGAGUUGGACAGAGCUAGAAUGUCUCAUACAGCAGUGCUAUCCAGGUAUCUCUCGUGAUGAAGCCUAUGUCCGACUUUUCCACGACCUGAAACCUCUUAUGGAUCCUACGGCGAAAGGAUCGUUUAGCAUACUAAAAGCACUUGGUAUUAUCUUCAACAAGCCAGUUACUAGCCUCGUUGCCUCUGCAAGUCGUAUAGCCCAGCGCAUCCUCGAAGCCAUUUCCCAGAACCCUACGUGCACGUCCCAGCCCGUCGAAGAUAAUCCCAAUGACAUCUCGGAUCAGAUAAUCAUACAAAUGCUCCGCAAUCUCGCAGCGACCGCUGGGGAACCUUCAAACGUGGCAGCUGAUAUCGGUUUCUCUCUGUGUGAAGAGAAUAUGAUUGAGCACAGGAUUGGUGGCAGCUUCACUGGCGGUUCAGCCCAAACGUUCAAAAUCCUCAGUAAUUCCUUCAACGCUGGGCCUGAAUUUACUGCCGUCUUUGCUUCGUGUGCUCUGGUAAGUACAGCCCUCGAUACACAGACAAAACCGAGGGAGUUACAGACCAUCGGGCUACGUCUCCAGGAUGUGCCAGAUGAACUGAGCUAUCAGACGACGGCAAGGGUUCAAAGCUGGCAGACCCAAGGCUUCGGGUAUUUUAUUUAUAGAUUUGUCGACAAUGAGAUUGAGAAUGCUGGUGGAGAAAAGUCCGUUGGCCGUCAUGCUUUCUAUGUCUACAAUCGGACAACCAGUGCCAACGAGGUCUUCGAGAGACGGGCCCGGAAAAGCCCCUUCCCAUCCUCCUUCGGCGGAAUGGCCUCCAACCUUGAGGCUGUAUUUUCCCUAAUGUGGCAGAAUCGUCGGUCGCUUAGACAAAUAGAUCCGGUCAACGCAGAUAACGUGGUAUUCCACUUGCUAGUCCCAGCGAAAAGGACCUUUGCUAUUUCUGAAAGAAUGGCUAUCGAUGAUGGAAUUGGGAAGCUAAUCAUCAAAGGGCACACGGACGAAGGUGCCUACUAUGCGUGGUUCAAUUUUGUAUCUGUGCCACGGCAAGUGGUACUGCAUGAUGUCGGGAACCUCGAUACAGACUCUGCCGAUCUCAACAGAUCAUGGAAAGGUGAGAAGAAUAGUGCACGUGCAUUUUUCGGCUGCGGGCUCGUUACAGUUAUCGCCGGUUUUUUUAUCCCCCCGGCAGCGCCAUACUUCGCUUGGCUGUGUUUUGCAUCAUUAGCGAUGGCAAUGAAGUAUGGCGUAGUGGAUCAUAUGCGACGGAGUCUCCGGUCCCCUCCUCGAAUUCUCGGUCCUCCAUCAGGGUUUCGCCAAGAAUGA